CAAAAAUCAAUUGUGGAAAAUCUCGAUCCUCAUAUACUCAAAGAAGGUUUACUCAUCAAAUUUAAAGAAAAUGAACUGAAUGAAAUAAAUCAAAAAAAGGAAGAACAAACUAAAAAAUUGCAAUUGAAAAAAGAAAAACUCCGAUUGAAAAUUGCUGAAAAAUUACAAAAAGUCUUUGACCUUGAUCCAGAUGAUUAUUUUUACUGUAAUUAUGAUAAUUGGUUAAUCAUGGAUGUUCUUUUACAAGGUCACCUUUACUUAACCCGGGAUAAUUUACUUUUCUUUGCUUUUCUCCCUUCGAAUUCAGGCUCUACAGGCAAUCCUAAAACUGUUGAUGAGGUUUCAAGAAAUGAUUCGCAUCUUGAUGAUUCAGAUUAUGUGAUUCAUUCGGGUUCCUUGGGUAUUAAAACUGCCCAGUACGGUGAUUCUUAUUUCUCAACAAUGAUUACUCAUCGGUUCUGGGUUGUUCUUCGAGAAGAAACUUUAACGGUUUAUCGAUCGCCAACUGAUUUGUACUUUCCAAUGUUUGUUGUUGAUUUGAAAACUGCAACCCAUGCUGAAAUAAUUGAAAAAGAUCUCACGGUUAAUACUGCUCCAGCUCCUCAAAAUAAUCCCUCUUCUCCUUUAUUAUCACCUAAAGGACCAAGAAGCAGACAUAACUCUUUCGAAAAUACCAAAUCGAGACCGUCCCUUCGUAGAGAUAAUACUGAUUAUUUGUCCAAUUCUGAUGAUGACUCUUCUGAAGCUUCUAGUCUGAUUACGCAGGAUUAUGAAGAAGGUAACGAAACUGUGAGUGGUGGGGUUUGGAUAAAAUUAGUCACCAAAAAGAAAAAUUAUCGAUUUCAUACUGAUAAUUUAUAUUCUGCUAGACAAUGGGUUAAUACAAUUACAAAAGUCUUGUUUCAACUUCACAACUCAAAUUCAAGAAAUGAAGUUCUUAUAAAAAUUCCAAUUGAAAAUAUCGUUGACUUUAAAAACAGCUAUGUUUUAACUGAAUCCGAUGAUGCUGAUAGAGAUGAAGAAUCUCCUUUAAGUUUCUGUUUUAAAGUAAAGAUUAAAAUUAAUGAUCAAACCACAGGAAAUUCUAUAAUAUCCGAUCAAACCUCUAAUGUCGAUAUCAAUACUCUUUACUUUUUGUUUUUUCGAGGUGGUGAAGGUUUCAAUGAUACAUUUAAUCAAGUUAUUUAUGAUCGUUUGUCUCAUAACCAAAAAAAUCAAGGCGAUGAUGCAUCUACAAACACUCUGACAGUUACAGAUAGACUCAAAGAAACAGCUAGAAAAAUGUCUCAUUCCAGUCUUCAAAGGUCGAAUUCGCUGUCUAGACUCAGAAGGAUUGGUAAAACCUUAACAUCUCCAAGUAAGGUAUUUGGUAAAUCCAAAAGUGUUAAUGAUUUAAUUUCAUCAGAUAGUCAGUUAAGGGCAUCUGUCUCUCUGACAAGUUCACCAAUGACUGGUGUUGCUGGAUCUAAUACAAUUCAUUUGCCUCGGAGAUUAUCUGUUACUGGUUUAAAAAAUUUGAAUAUGUCAUUUGAAACAUCCCAACGUCGAAUGGACGUUGCUGAAUCACGUGACCCAUCUGAAUAUAAAAAUGAUAAUAAGAAGCAGAACAAAGUUAAGUCCAUUGGUAAGACAAUGAAAGUUUUGGCUAAUGUGGGUAAUCUUUGGGCAGCUCACCCUAGCCAUUAUCAAAAUAUUCAAGAAAAUGAUCCAUAUUACGUUACCGAUGAUGAUGCUAGAGAAGUUGCACUUAAACGUUACCAGGAGCAUUUUUCAUUGAGUUACGACAAAAAAUUGGUGGCUACUUAUUAUACGCAUUUGCAAAGGGCAAUCCCUGUUUACGGUAAAUUGUACUUGAGUGAAACCGAACUUUGCUUUAGAAGUUUAUUACCUGGAGUUAAUACAAGAAUGAUUUUACCUUUGUCUCAUAUAGAAAAUUGCUAUAAGGAAAAGGGGAUGAAAAUAACCCAUUCUGGUUUGGUAAUUCUCAUUAUUGGUCAAGAAGAAGUAUUUUUGGAAUUUGGGUCACAUAAAGCCAGGGACGACUGCGAAAGAAUGAUUUUACAACAGCUAGAAACAUUCCAUCAAGACGAAGGUUGGGCUCCCUUGGAUCAUAGACCAGAAUCAUUACACGAAUUUGAAUUCAGAGGUGCAGAUGUGACCAAUAAUGAAGUCAAUGAUUCUGUUGCAUCUUCAAAAAUUCAAAAUGCCAGGAUCAAAUUAUUCGAAGAUAAAUUAAAUGCAGCUGCAGGUAUUGAUAUACCGCUUAUUCUUGAAGAUUCACCUUUCUUCAAAACGGAAAUCAAGCCUUCAACAUCCUAUAACUUGACAUUAUUAACCAUUGGGUCUCGAGGGGAUGUUCAACCGUAUAUUGCUUUAGCGAAGGGAUUGAAAGCUGAAGGACAUAAUGUUACUAUUGCAACCCAUAAAGAAUUUGAACCAUGGAUAUCAAAAUACAAUAUACAGUUCAAAGAAAUUGCCGGGAACCCUGCAGAGUUAAUGCAUUUGAUGGUCGAACAUGGUUCUAUGUCUGUUGCUUUUUUGAAAGAAGCUAGCAGUAAAUUCAGAUCUUGGAUUAAUGACCUAUUGGCCUCUAGUUGGGAAGCAUGUCAAGGAACAGAUAUUUUGAUUGAAAGUCCCUCAGCCAUGGGAGGUGUUCAUAUUGCCGAGGCCCUUGGUAUCCCUUAUAUGAGGGCUUUUACCAUGCCGUGGACGAGGACCAGAGCGUACCCGCAUGCGUUUAUUGUUCCUGACCAAAAGAAAGGUGGUUCUUAUAAUUAUUUAACCCAUGUCAUGUUUGAAAAUGUUUUUUGGAAGGGUAUUUCAGGACAAGUGAAUAAAUGGAGAGUAGAACAGUUAGGUUUACCUCGAACCAAUUUAUUCAAAUUACAGCAAACAAAAAUUCCUUUCUUGUAUAACGUUUCUCCUACGAUAUUCCCGCCAUCUGUCGAUUUCCCAGAUUGGGUCAAAGUGACUGGUUAUUGGUUCUUAGAUGAAGGUGCUGCCAAAGAUUAUGACCCACCAAAAGAUUUACUUGAGUUUAUUGAUUCUGCUUAUAGAGAUCAGAAGAAGAUUGUUUACAUCGGUUUUGGCUCAAUUGUGGUCAGUAAUGCAACAAGUCUUACCAAAGCGGUGAUUGAAGCCGUUCUUGAUGCUGACGUAAGAUGCAUACUAAACAAGGGCUGGUCUGAUCGACUUAGUAACGAUGAAAAAGACAAGGUAGAGGUAGAAUUGCCACCCGAGAUCUAUGAUUCUGGUGCUGUUCCUCAUGAUUGGCUAUUCAAAAGAAUUGACGCAUGCGUCCACCAUGGUGGUUCAGGAACUACGGGAGCAUCGUUAAGGAGCGGUUUACCAACCGUAAUCAAACCAUUCUUUGGUGAUCAAUUUUUCUAUGCCUCCCGAGUCGAAGAAGUUGGGGUUGGUAUUGCUUUGAAAAAAUUAAAUGCUAAGAGUUUAUCCAAAGCUUUGAAAACAGUUACGACUGACCUCAAGAUUGUUGAAAAGGCUAAAAAAACCAGCGAACGUAUGAGAAACGAAAAUGGAGUGGCUACUGCAAUCGAAGCAAUAUAUUCUGAGUUGGAGUAUGCCCGUACUCUAAUCACUGUCAAACAACAACAUAACGAACAAUCCAGAGCAAAUGCCUUGAAAUCCGGUACCCAAACUCCUGUUGUGUACGAAGAUGAUGAGUAUGAAUCAGUUGAAGAAGGAGUCGACGAUGACUACGAUCUGGGUAGUGAGUCUGAUUAUGAAGAAGAAAUUAGCGAUGAAAGCAACCAAAAGACCACUCCAUCGUCGAAAAACUCUCCAGAUUCCACUAAAGACCCCGUACAAAGUGCCGAUAGCGAUGAUGAAGAAGAUUUAACCAACCCAGUGCCUGCUUUCCCUAAAAAGAAAAGCGAUAAGGCCAUCCAUUUACCAUCCAACUUGAAACCGGAAAACUGCCAAUGGUUCCACUUCUAA